ACCAGCAAUUUCAACGUUUUUCAUAAAUCAAAAACACUUAUUUUAUGUUCUAACAGCUUGAUCAAAUAUCUCAAUAUUGUAAACAACUUUUUUAAAAAAAGAAAAGUAAUAAAACUUUAACAAAGAACAGUUUAAUUUUCUUUUAGAUUCUUCAAUCCCCUUGUGCUGUUACUCCUUAGUAUUAUAAGUACCCCUAGUGACAUAAGAAGAUUAAGCAAAGAGGUACUUUGAGAGAAUAAUAUGGCAGAAAAAGUAGUGCAUAAAUCGUGGAUAAUUCAGUAUAACUUACAUUCUAUUAUAGGAAUCCUCCUCUUGGUAUUUCUUUUUGUGUCCUUCUAUGUUAUAGGGGAUAAUAGUGAUGGUGUUAGAAUCCCACAUAAUAAGCCUAAAAGAAAAAAAUCAUCCCCAAAGUGUGAUUUGUUUUCUGGAAGUUGGAUUUUUGAUAAUGUCUCAUAUCCUCUCUACAGAGAACAACACUGUACUUUCAUGCCUGAUGACUUUGCUUGUCAUAAAUUUGGAAGAAAAGACUCAAAAUUUCAGCAUUGGAGAUGGCGACCUUAUGAUUGUGAUCUUCCAAGGUUUAAUGGUAAAGCAUUAUUGGAGAAGCUAAAAGGGAAGAGGGUGGUGUUUGUUGGGGAUUCAUUGAACAAGAACCAAUGGGCUUCUAUUGUAUGCCUAAUUGAAUCCACUGGAAUUCCUUCUCUCAAACCACUCAGCUAUAAAGGCAACUUGAUCGCCUUUGAGGUCAAGGAAUACAAUGCAACAAUUGAUUUCUACUGGUCACCAUUGCUAGUCGAAUCCAAUUGUGAUGAUCCAGUGAACCACCGUAUCCGGGAUCGAAUUAUCAGAAUUGAGGCCAUUGAGAAUCAUGCCAGGCACUGGAAUGAUGCAGACAUUCUCAUCUUUGAUUCUUUCACCUGGUGGCACGAGCACCAAAUGACACUGCUAUGGGGAUCUUUUAAUAGCUCUGAUGCAAUCUACAAGAAGGUUGGAAUGAAGUUGCGCCGCUAUGAGAUGGCCUUAAGAACAUGGUCAGAUUGGUUGGAAGUUCAAAUUGACAGAAACAGGACAAGAUUGUUCUUCAUGAGCCUCUCUCCUUCUCACAAAAAUGCUACAGAUUGGGGCAUGAGAAAUGAUCAAACUUGCUAUGAAGAAACAGAACCAAUAUCAAGAAAAGAGUAUUGGGGAAGUCAAACGGAUAGGAAAAUGAUGGAAAUUGCAGAGGCCUCUAUAAAUGGGCUGAAGAGAAGAGGAUUAGACAUACAAUAUCUCAACAUAACACAACUAUCAGAUUAUAGAAAAGAUGCACAUCCAUCAAUUUACAAGAGGAAUUGGGUUGCUCCAGCAAAAAAGUAAUUGAAAACUCCAAGGAGUAAUGAUGACUGUGUACAUUGGUGCCUUCCUGGUGUGCCUGAUGUUUGGAAUCAGAUUCUUUAUUCCUAUAUCAUGGACUCUCAAGAGAAUUAAAGGAACAGAGAUUUGUGUGUGUGUGUGUGUCUGUGAAAUCGUAUUUUGUUCAUAGAACCCUUGAAAUGUAUGAAAGAGUUCAACAAAAUCUAUUUAAACUAUUACUAGUUAAUGUGUAUGCGUUUGGCAGUCC